AUGACGACGGCGGCGACGGUGCUUGCGGCGGCCGACGGCGGCGACGGCGAGUGGGACGUGGUGCUCGACAAGACGGUGGUGUUUCCCGAGGGCGGUGGCCAGCCAGCUGACACGGGCCGGCUGUGUCUUGCGGAGACGGUGCUGGAUGUGGUGGGCGCGACAACGGCCAAGACCGGGCCAGACGCUGGAGUGGUGCACCACAGAGUGGCGGCAUGUGACCGGCUGGCGGUGGAGAGCCUGGUCGGCGAGUCGGUGGUGGUCAAGGUCGCCGAGGCGCGGCGGAUCGACCACAUGCAGCAACACUCGGCGCAACACUUGGUCUCGGCAGUUGCCGCCGAAGUCUUUGGGGCGGCAACUGUGUCGUGGGAGCUCGGCUCCGAGGCCACGGCGAUCGACGUCGAGCUGACCGCAGCCGAGGAUGACGUCGAUGUCGCAGCGCUCGAGGCCAGGAUCAACGCACUCAUCCGAGCGCGGACGCCGGUCACCUCGCAUGUAGUUGAUCGUGCGGCCAUGGACGCACUGGUUGUUGCCGGCGAGGCUGACGGAACCAAGUUCCGCUCGCGCGGCCUGCCGGACUCGGUCACCGAGGGCAUCCGGCUGGUGGCCAUUGCCGGCGUUGAUCUCAACACCUGCUGCGGGACGCAUGUGACGAACCUCUCUGAGCUGCAGGCCAUCAAGCUUCUUCCGCCGUCGCGGUCAAAGAAGCAUCCGACCAAGAUGCAGCUGAGCUACGUCGCUGGCCAGCGGGUCCUUGACCGGGUCGCCUCAGCGGUGGUCCUCUCGUCGCAGCUCAACAAGGCGCUCGGCUCGGCGGCGUGGCUCGAGUGCAUUGCAUCGUACAAGUCGGCGGCCAAGGAAAUGGCACGGACACAAAAGGCGUUGGUGGCGCAGCUGGCCUCCUCGCAAGCCGAUGUAGCUCGUGACGCCGCCUGCGCUGCUGGUUCGCCUCUUGCUCACAUUCACCAGCCGGCCGGCGACGCUGCGUUCGCAAAGUCGGCCGCUGCCCGCAUCCACGAGACACACCCGGGCCUGGUCGUAUUUGUCACCUGCGGCUCAGAGAGCGGGGCCGGCAUCUUUACGCUUGUUGCCGCUGCCGAGCCGGGCAAGUCACUCGUUGACGCGGUCGGGAAGCAGGCCGCGAGCCUGAUGGACGGCCGCGGCGGCGGCAAGGGCGGCAAGUUCCAGGGCAAGGUGGCCAACCUCGGGGCGCGGGGCGAGGUCGUGGCGCUCAUCGAGGCGCGCAGCGGAGAAGGCCAAAGCCAAGACCAGGGCCAGUAAACGAGCUUCGGUGGUACCGCA